AUGUACACCCUCCUCCGACUAACUUCAUCUCCCAAUCCAAUUUACCCGGGCAACAAGCAACGUGCUACAUUCAAACGGGGGCCACUAGGAAAAUCUGCACGCUCCUUCCACAGCAAACACAAUGGCUAUGCUGACCAGCUUUACAACCAAGAUUGGGAAAUAAAAGAACUCUCAACUUGA